GCGGCAGCACGUUGCGUUGGGGGUUUUUAACACGCGGCUCCGACCACGAAAAUUCAGUGUAUAUUCGCAAUCUCUCUUCUAUCUCUUUAUCGUUCUCUCUCUGUUUAUCCAUCGAAUAUCUGUCUCUCUCUCUCUUUCUCUCGUUUUCCAGAGCCGUUACCCGACCGCCCCCGCGCAGCCUCAUCAACCCUCUCGAGGAUUCACGGUGGGACCCGCCCACCCGCGCGCAAGUUACUUUCCUCUCUCCCUCCCCCUCCCUCUCUUUGGCGUUGAUUCUCCCCCUCUCUUCUCUAUCACGGAAGAAAACAGUAUCCGCGUGCAGUCGUGUUUCGCCGAAAUCGCAAAAUCGGGAGAGCGCUUUUCGAAAUCUUUCGAAAUCGAGAACUGACCAAGACUGAAUUGAAAAGGGCUGGUUUUCAGGCGUCUCUUCGGCCUAUUUUUUUCUUUUCUUUCGUCUCCCCCUUUCUUCUGGCCUUACCGCGCGUAGCGCCCCAUUCGACCAGGGCACGACGAGAGACCUGUCGCCGUUAUGGGGGAGGACCUGCCCUCCGGAGACGCCCGGCGCGGUUAGUUCCAGGUGGAACCGAGCGGGCUCGCGAAGGCGCGCCAGGUGUAGCGCCACUCACGAUAGUUGCAAGUGACGUUCCGGAGUUUUGUUUUGACAGCGGCCGACCUGUCGGCCGUUCGUCGAGAUAGUGUUAACCGGAGGGGGUGACUGGUUCAUUCUCGUGCGCCCUGCAGCGCUGGGACAGCUCGCAGAGGCACCAAUUGUGACAACGGAAGCAUUCAUGCUCCCCGUGGUGCGGUCCUGUGUCUGUUCCGUCCGGAUUGUGUGAUUGUGUCAGAUUGUUCUGCCGCUCAAACCCUUGGUCUCUGAGUGAUUGAAGGAUUACGCGGAGGGGAUCUACGAGAUAGUGCACAGUGACAUUUCUUUCUCUCGAUCGGAGCAACCUGAUCGAGGAUUUUAAACAGCGAUCAGUUAUAAUCAUGAUGAGCACGGCGAUAUUUCGAUCAGGCGGCAUCGGCGAUGAUCGCGACAGAAGAUCACGUCGGUACAACCCUCGGAUGAGCAGGGUGAGAAUCGGCGAUCGCCGAGCGUCGAAGGAUUCGUCCGGUGUCAAGUGCGGAUCGGUCGCGGCGAAACGGGGUGGUUCUGGAAAGUUUCUUCUGGUUGGUGCUGUCCUGGCAAUACAAUUCAUCGGUGCGGCAGCAAUAUCCAGCAAGGCAAGCAGCGAUAUCAAGGUGGAGUUCAAGAUGCCAAAAGAGGCCGAUGUGGGUUCUUCGAUCGAGCUCAGAUGCGAGUGGCGGAUAAUGAGUGGAAGCAAUCUCUACUCGGUUAAAUGGUACAAAGAUGAUCAUGAAUUCUUCCGAUAUGUGCCGGACAGCAGUCAGAGGACUCAGACAUUUCCCCGACCAGGCGUAACAGUCGAGACGAAAGCGAAUAGCGAGCAGCGAUGGUUAAGAUUGAAGAACCUCGCCCUGGAGAGCUCCGGUCAAUACAAAUGCGAAGUCUCCACCGAGGCGCCGUCUUUCGCCACUACUUAUCAAACUGCCAAUCUAACGGUGAUUUCACCUCCGGAGAGAGGACCGGAAAUCACAGGUCUGUCCAUGCAGUAUGCCGUCGGCGAAAACGUGACUGCCAACUGCACUGCCUGGCCAUCCGUGCCUAAGGCCAAUCUACGUUGGACCAUCAACGGCGAACCGGUAUCUCUCGAGAACACUGUUCAGCACCCACCGUUGCCGCCUAUGAGUAGCGGAAACAUUCCCAAUAGUCUGGGACUACGAUUGGAGGCUGAACCUCGACACUUUGCUAACAACGGACAGGUCAAGAUCAAAUGCUUCGCUGAGGUCGGUUCGCGCAUAUACGAGGCCGAGCGCAGGGUGAUGAAGGCGUACGUGAACAAUCAGAAGCUCAGCGCUGAUGAUAUGCACGCGACUGCAUGCAGCAUCCAUGCCAACAUCUUCGUUCAGCUGCUCACGGCGAUCCUCGCGCUCGUUCUGCUCACAACGUGACCUAUCGGCCUCCUUGCGUGAGUCAGCCCCUUCGAAUGGGAAUUACGUUGCGGCGCGCGCUCUAAAAACGCGCGACAGGUUCAGUGUCAGUUGUCCGAUCCUUAAAUAUAAAAUUAGGCUUAGCGAUUAAGCGACAGUAGGCGAUUAAUCGGUCGAUCGGCUCGCUCUCGGUCCAACCACGCUUUCGCGUUCAGCAAUGCACUACUGUCGUAUUUGCUUGUCGGCGGAUUGCUAAUGAAAUGUAAGGAGACACGUGAGAAAAUGUUGUUGAGAUGAGACGAUCGUAGCAAUUAUAAAAAAUAAUGUUCUGUUGAUCAUUAUGCAUUCAUCAUUU